CAGAAGAAUAUCAGCGUGCUAAAAGAAAGCGAUUGUGUUUCUAAAAAACUAUGUAUACUAUGUAUAUUUAAAAUAAAUGCCACAAUAACUCUGGCAAGUUUUAUGCAUGGACUAUCAAUCAUCAUCUAUAUAUGUCCAAGUCUUCAAACAGCAUUGUCUAGCCGUCUUUUCUCUUACAAGCUCUUCACUUUCAAUACCAUUCCUGUAGCCUUUUCUACUUUACUGCAUAAAACAUGUAUACAAGUUUUGUAUCUACCGUAUAAACUUUGUACAUACAGUAUAUAUAUAUAUCAUAUACAUAUCUCUCUCCCUUUUAUAUAUCACUCUAAAAUCGGUUACGAUCGCUUAAUUAUUUACGGUUAUUCGUUUAAUAACUAAGCAUUUACCUCCACCCUUCUCCUUUUCUUAAUAUUAGAGUAUUCCUUUCUAGACGUCAUAAGAGAGGUCAAUCGACGGAUCUAAUCCUACUAUUGUAUGAAGGGAUGUCAAAUUGUGAUAGAGAUGAAUUAGUUGUAUUGUUGCAGUGAAUGCUCUGCUAAUGCUGAUUGUGUAAACUGUUUGAAAAUCGUGCUACAGUAAAUGUUUACUUGCCCGUACUAGGAAAAAAUCGUACGGAAAGUAAACAAGUAACGAACGGAGAUUGAUUAUCCGUAGUCAGUUUCCUUUUUCCAAUUUCCCCCACGUUUCUGAACGGGGGUUCAUUAAUUCAAUUACAUGCAUCUCUCCUUUAUUAAUUUAUCCUCUAACCGGACGAUUCGUAGGCCUGUAAACUUUAUACCGUUGCUUUGACGACUACAUAGAUGGCGUUGUUAACUUUUGCAAUACUUCCUAUAGACAAUAUAUCAAUGUUCAAAAAGGAUUGAAUUAUUCAUCAAUAAGAUCGAUCUUUUUUUCUAAACUCUUAAUUUAUAGAGGCUACAUUAUUUAAAGUAUAAACAUCAAAUUAUUUCCUGACAUUUAGGAAGUUGGGCGAUAAAGAGUAAAAUUUACAGCCUUAUAUCACGUGUUUGACUGACCAACAACAGAGGAAAGACAUUCGUGAUCAAUUUUUCAUCACAAUGACUAAUUACGAAGAUCUUUUACCGUACCAUUCGGUAUUUAUAGAUUGUACCGUGUCUGAUAUAGCGAAAGCGGCGAAGGCCUGCGCUUUUAAACCACCCAUGUCACGUGAUGAAAUCUUGUCAAAAAUUGAAUCCCUAGUUAAAAGUAGAAACCGACUUCCUAUGGUUAAUCUAUCCGUGAGAACUGGACUAGAUUUAUAUCUAUCAGCAAAGAAUUAUCCUUCCGGUUCUGAAGUACUAAUGUCAGCGAUAAACAUUCCAAAUAUGGUAGAAUUGGUUCAUCAUAAAGGCUUAAAAGUUGUACCAAUAGAUAUUGAUCCGUCUACAGCUUUACCGAAUUUUAGUCUCUUGCCCGAUUUAAUUACAGAGAGGACUAAAGCAAUUUUAGUCGCUCACGUCUUCGGUAAGAUUGUUAAUAUGGAGGAGGUGCUAUUUUACGCUAAACGAUAUAAAUUAGACGUUAUCGAAGAUUGCGCUGAAUCUUUUACGUCCAUGUCGAAUUGGGGCCAUCCUGCAUGUGACAUAUCACUAUUUAGUUUUGGGACAAUAAAAUCCUCAACAGCGCUCGGUGGAGCUAUAUCAUUAAUUAAGAAUGAAUCAAUUUUUAAACAAAUGAACUCCCUUCAAAAUUCCUUACCUGUUCAACCGACGUCAAUCUUUGCAAAAAAACUAUUGAAAACCGUCAUUUGUAUAGCGACUUUAAAUAACGUUCAUCUUAAAAAGCCACUUAUGUACUUUUUUAGAAAAAUCAAUUUUGAUUAUCAAAAAAGCAUAGCUGGCCUUCUUAGGGGUUUUCCUAACGACUGGAUUAAAGGCAUACGACAGAGGCCUUGUGAUGCUCUAUUGUACAUGCUAUAUUUAAGAUUGAGUGAGUGGAAAGAGGACGGAAUGCUACUCACUAAAAAGAAGGGAGAUUAUGUUGUUAAACGAUUACGCGACGUUGAAUUUUACGGUCAACAAUCGUUCCAUAAUCACUAUUGGUUAUAUCCAGUUUUUUUAAAGAACUCUGACAAAAUAAUAAACGAUUUGGCAAAAAUGGGUGUUGACGCAUAUAAAGGAGUAACCCAACUCAAUUACGUUCAAGGCAAGGAAGAUCUAAAUCAACUGUUAACUUGCAGACAAUACCUAGUCAGACAGCCCAUGGAAGCGGAACAUUUGAUUGACAACGUUCUCUAUCUCCCCGUUCAUAAAAACGUUCCUUUCAGAGAACUGGAUAGAAUCCUCAGAGAUUUGGAAUUGGUUUUGAAGUCUCAAAAACUCACUAGUAAGCUAUAAGAAAGAGUAAAUUACUUUUUCCUCUUCCUCAUUUUUAUGGUCAAGUACACACAGAUUUAUUCAAUUGAAUAUCGGGAUCUUUUAUUUUUUUCUCUCUUUUACUCUUUCUUCCUCUUUAUUCUUUAUACAAUCUUUAAUAAACACUUUUUUUUGUGCGAAAAUGCUAUUUAAAAGUCUCCCGUCGUUUACCAAAUGAAAAAAAAGGUAUAAAGGCAGAGACCGUUCAAGAAAUAAUUUAGCAAUCAUUUAAAAAAUCGAAACCCAAUCUGAAGUUAUUAAUAGAAGUGAAGGAUUAAAAAACGAACACUUAUUGGCUCUACUAUUGUUUUGUCAAUAAUUCUACUCAUUUAGUCCCUUCUCCUCUUCCCUAACGUUAAUUUAUACAUCAAAAAUAUCCAGUUAAAAUUAAGUCUAUACUAAAUCCUUCUCAUUUUAUUUUCCAGUUUUUAUUGCGCUAGUUUAAUUGAUUUUUU